ACAACUUCGAAUGAACCUUUGGGCACAAUAGGCCUUGGCAUGGCCGCACCGAAACACUAAUUCGAGGAACUGCGGCAAGCAAAGGUCGCCUAAAUAACGCACAACACGCCAGUUUGCAAGGCUGCUAAGUUAAACAGCAAGAUAAACAAUUUCUCGGUCUCUUUUAUGAAUGCUCGAAGAAGAAAGGAAAGAUGGCGGAAUCACCAAACCCAAGUCCAAGAAGACUGAAAUUUGAGCAGCUUCGCGCCGAUUAUGAAUUGUUUCUUCAGACUUUUGAAAAGCCAACACAAAUUUACAGAUACUUGAGAAGCAGACAAGCUCUUUCACCAUUGUACUUGCAACGCUCUCUAUCAUACAUGAAGGAUAGAAGGACAAGUCAUGCAGACAGUUCAAAAGAAAGAAGAAAAAAGUUCAAACUUGAUGAUUUACUGGACAAAAGAAAGGCACAGCUGCAAGAAAUAAUGAACAAGACUGAUGAUGAUGAGUUCUCAAGCAAUCAAAAUGAAAACUUUCUCAACAUCACAUUUGCUGGGUUCUUCCAUGGUCCAGAGUUUGGUGAAGAAAUAUUUAAUACCAGUGACUUAAGUAAACAAGCCUCGCUAAAAGAUGAGUUUGUGGAUGUAAAUUUGCAGCUGAUGAAAAUUUUGACAAGAAAAAAGAAGGGUGAAGAGUUCCCAGUUGAUUCACUUGAUCUUGGUCGAUGUACAUCAAAGUGGAAUCCUAGUUCCCAGGCCCUUUCAGCUCCAGCGUCAAGCUCUGUUUCCAUUCCACGCAAGGCUUUCAAAGAGGAGGGCAAGACUGUCAAAACGCAUAUUCUCUCUAUUCAGGUGACUGUGCCAGUUUCCAAACGGGGAGCUAAGAGGUCUUCCAGAAAAAAAGGGGGCUCUGAGGACGCAAGUCAGUCAGACAAGGACGCUGAAGAUUCCUCAAGCACUGUGUCAGAGCCUCCUACGAAGAGGCCAAAGAUUCUGCUUUCAGAUGGUGCUGAUGACGUGGCCUCCACACCUGAAUGCAAGAAACGCAUUUACACUGCAGAGCUCAUUGUCUUUGACAAGCAUAAAAACUGUCUGCUUACAAAUGGCGAAUAUGAAUUGCUGCUUCAUAACUACUGGAUGCAAGAUGGAGAUGACGAGACCAUACAGAAGGGAAAAACAUGGGAAAACGGAUUCAGGAAUAAGCUUGGACCGUUUGAAAUGUUCGCAUUUGGUCCAACGAUCAAGUUCAAACUAGCCUGGAAGGACAAGCCUAUCGCGCCUUUCCAAACCAGAUCAGUUUCUCUAAUUCAAAAGCUUUCAAAGCAAAACAAAAGCAAGAAAGGCCAAGAAACGUCUGAGUCUGUAUCAAAAGAGCAACAGCAGCCACAACAACAACAGCUGAGCGUUCCUUCGCAGCGAGUUUUUUAUCAAUUUAUCUACAACAACAACACAAGGCAGCAGACCGAGGCACGGGAUGAUUACUACUGCCCAUGGUGUUCCCUCGAUUGCAUGAAGUUGUAUAGUUUGUUAAAGCAUCUAAAAACUUGUCAUAGCAGAUUCAUUUUUAUGUAUACGUCGUUAUCGAAAGGUGCUCGGAUCGACGUUUGCAUCAAUGAAAAUUACGGGUAUUCAUUUGGUGGAAAAAACAGAGUAAUUCCAUCUGGAGGGCUCAGUGGAUUUCCAACUAGGAAACAGCCUGUAACCGAAUGUAUAGUAUGGAGGCCACACAAAGAUGCGGAAGAUCUACAGGAAUUCACAGAGCCUGACUGCACUGAUAUAGAUGGAGUAAAACCGUUUUUUAAAGGACAUGAUAGAGUUUACUACCAUUCAGAUGGUUGCAUUCCGAUGAAAACAUCGGAAAUAGAUUAUAACAGUGAACAUGAUGCGACGCCUGAUUGGCUGAAAUCCCAGAUGGAAUACAUGAUUGACGAAUUUACUGAUGUAAAUGAGGGUGAGAAAGAACUAAUGAAAAUGUGGAAUAGUCACAUAAUGAAAGGAUGUUAUAUAUCGGAUUUUCAACUGCCGCUUGCGUGUAAAUCGUUCGUCGAAGAGCAUGCUCGUGAGAUAAUGGAGAAAAAACUGGCGAGAAAUUUGCUACUGCAUCUGGUAAACCUGUGUGAAUUCAAUAUGAUUAGUCAACCAACUAUAUUCUCAACAAUGACUGUUUUUAAAAACAUUGUUUCUGAUUCAGGGCACGGGGACAAUGAGAAGAUUUGAUAGAAUCGUGAUGGAUUUAGGGACAUGUUUGGAAUAGUUGUAAGAUAUUCGCUUGUUUUGUGUAAAGUUGCCGUCAGUUUGACAUGAAAAGAAAAAAAUGGCAGUUGAGAGACCAAAAAAGGAAUUGGUGUUGAUCAGAUACGGAGAAAAGAUUAUGGAGAAGUUCAAUGAUAGUUUAAUGUGGGAUUGGUAAGUCAGAGAGGAACUAGAGACAAGGAUUUGCGCAAGAGAAGGGUUGGGAGUUGAUAACUGAAGAAUGAGAGAAAAGAGAAAGAAAUCUAAUUGUUGAUAAUAAGGGAGAUAGGUGUAACUUAUGUUAUUUAAUUGAAGGGGUGGAUACAUUUCUAGCAUGGAUCAGGUUUUAUCUUGAUAACGAAGUUUUUCGAAGCAAGAUUCAGAGAGUUGUUGAAAAGAAAGUUGAUGAUGCAAUCUUUAAUUGCAUCAAGCGAGGAAGAAGAAUAUUAAUUUCGUUUUUCUUUUAUAGUUGACAUUGUUGCAAUGUUUGAAUAGCUUAGCGUUGAUUAUUGCAAUGUCUUUAAACUUUUUUACCUUUAGCUGCCAAAUAGAAAUUAUUUCAUAUCGAAUUUACAAUUCCCCUGUGUCGGUGGCAUGAGAUGAAAUUUUCUCAAGAAAUUUUUAUCAACUGUGCAAUGCUGUUGCAGGCUUUAAUUUAGAUAAUUCAAAAACAUGCAUGUAUAGUACAAAAAUGAACGAUUAAGUAGUAGAAGUCAAUGCAUGUGUUGUUUCGCACAUGUAAAUAAAUCGCGAUGACCGUUUUUAGCUUCCCGGAAGUAGGAAGAUUUCUUAGAACUGAUAAGCAUCUAGAAGCAUCCAUUCAUAAGCCGAUGUGUUUGGAACUGCACUGCAGACUAUGUAAAUAAAGGCCUUAAACUAGGAGAUGUAUAAUGUUGAAUACUUUCGGUAUUUUGAAAAACAUUCUGUUCAUUGAAUUGAUCAUUUAUCACUAAGUUUCAUGCUCAGUCAUUUAGGCCAUAGGUUUUUUAAUUUCGUAGUGCUUUCAAGUCUUGAUACUUAAGCCUGAUUUCUAAUUACAAUUUUUCUUGCUUUUAUCUGUUAUUUAAAGUUAUAUGUUGUAUUUUGGUCACAUUGUUAAUCAUACCUUCCAUGAUUUUUU